AUGCGGAGGAGAGGGAAGCCUGUAAUUUCUUAUCUUGGCAACAGUCCCUCUGCACAGAGAUCCUUCUCAGAUCUUCAGUGAAAACUCUGCAACACAGGAUGGCUGCAAAUAAGCCCAAGGGUCAGAAUUCGUUGGCCUUGCACAAAGUCAUCAUGGUGGGCAGUGGCGGGGUGGGCAAGUCUGCGCUGACUCUGCAGUUCAUGUACGAUGAGUUCGUGGAGGACUAUGAACCUACCAAAGCAGAUAGCUACCGGAAGAAGGUAGUGCUGGACGGGGAGGAAGUGCAGAUCGAUAUCUUAGACACAGCUGGGCAGGAGGACUACGCGGCGAUCAGGGACAACUACUUCCGGAGCGGGGAGGGCUUCCUCUGUGUCUUCUCCAUCACAGAGAUGGAGUCCUUUGCAGCCACAGCCGACUUCAGGGAGCAGAUUUUAAGAGUAAAAGAAGAUGAGAAUGUUCCAUUUCUACUGGUUGGUAACAAAUCAGAUUUAGAAGAUAAAAGGCAAGUUUCUGUAGAAGAGGCAAAAAACAGAGCCGACCAGUGGAAUGUUAACUACGUGGAAACUUCUGCUAAGACCCGAGCCAAUGUCGACAAGGUAUUUUUUGACUUAAUGAGGGAAAUUCGAGCCAGAAAGAUGGAAGACAGCAAAGAAAAGAAUGGAAAAAAGAAGAGGAAAAGUUUAGCGAAGAGAAUCAGAGAAAGAUGCUGCAUUUUAUAAUCAAAACCCAACCUCCUUUCUUAUCUCGACCAUACUAAUAAAUAUAAUUUAUAAGCAUUGCCACCGAAGGCUCAAUUGACUGAAAUUACUUUAACGUUUUGGAAAUUGUUAUGUAUCACUAAAAGCAUGAAUUGGAACUGCACUGAAAGUCAAAUUCACUUAAAAAAGAAAUUAAUGUGGCUUCACCAAGAAGCAAAGUCCAGCUUGUCUCAUAAUUGCCGACAUCUAUCACGGUCCUGAAUGUAGCGUGAGCUUGUGUUUCUCGGGCAGUCUUUCCUGAACUGUUAAGUAAAGAGGUGAGAGGAAAGGCCACUUCCUCUGGUGUUGAUGAUAAAGCUUCAAUUUUCUAUCAUUUUAAAAUGUCUUGGUCUUCUACUGCCUUGAAAAAUGACAAUUGUGAACAUGAUAGUUAAACUGUACCACUUUUUUUAACCAUUGUUAUGCAAAAUAUAGAAGAAAAAGUUAAUGGCAUGGUUGUUGCAUAUAGUUAAGUGGAGAGUAAUUCUUCUGUGAAUCUGCGUUAAUUGCCUGGUGGUUAACUGAGAAAAGUGGUGUGAACUUGUACGAGGACAUUUUCGUAUAUGCCUUAAUUUAGAAACUGAAAAAUACCUGGCGACAUUAUCCUGGGUGUGUUCUCACUGGGGCCAUGGGCCACGCCUCUUGUAUCCUUGUGAGAGUGUGUACCUAGCAUGGAGAACAGCUCUUGUCUAAGACUCCUGUGAACCGUCUGCUGGGAGCCUGUCCAGAUUGAAAAUGUGUGCCAUACUCUGGUUCUUGAAAUUAAGGUUCCAGAGCUCCUUGAUUGCUUUUAAUAAAAUGAUAAUAAGGUGAUUGAAAAUGAAGGGCCGGCAUAUACUGGUGAGAUCAUUUUAGUCGGUGAGCAUUCACCUCCAGUGAUGUUGGAGAGAACCGUCUCUCUCUCUAAGGUGCUGGUCCCUGGAGAUCACUCUCCGCAAACGGCAGGCGUGUGCGUGUGGGUUGUUAGUCUGGGUACGAGGCACGCCACACGGGUUGACAGCGCUCAUGCUUUUUGCACUAGAACGCUUAGGGGAGCUAUCCCUGCUUGCCGCCUGCUCGUUCCUAAGUGCGUACUCACAAGUCUGGCUCUCUGGGAGUAUUAGGAAUGUUGCAGACUGUUGAUUUCAUAACAGAGAGCACUGUAGCUUCAUUUUCCUAGCAUUAACAUCGAGCAAUCAAACCCAGGUGUCGUGCAGAACUGUGUUUGGCACACGCAGAGCAGGCGUUAAGCUGUGUUGCCACUGCGCGCAUUCCCGCUAGGAGAAUUCGCGCACGCUCUCUGGGAACAUCAUUUUGAUGGGAAACAUACCACUGUCAGAUUUUUCUUUUCCUCUCUGGACUGGGACAGUUGCUUCAAUAAAGUUUGUCCUUAUUUUCGCUCAGUCCUAAUUUCAACAGGUCAGAGAACAGGUUCAGGCAUUCCAGGUGACAGGUAUGUACGUAAAUUAAACAAAAAUAGGCUUUUUAGGAACUCAACUCUUAGAUAUUACAUUCAGCUUGUCAUGUUAAGUAUUCGUCCUUGACGGGUUUGAAGUGUACAUCUUCCAUUUCAUAUUUUUCAUAGGCUAUGCCACAUGCAGAAUUAAAGUUAGCAGUGUCACAUCGGCACGGGCCAGCCAUCUCCAUGUGUACUCAUUGCCGUCUCAUUUAACCAGGGGUCCUAACCACUAACAUUGUGACUUUGCUUUGAGACCUUUCCUCUCCUGGGUACUGAGGUGCUAUGAAGCCAACUGACAAAGAUGCCUCCCAUGUCAGGCUGAUGCCACCACCCUGUUCGUUUAUUUGCAGUUUGAGCCAUUUAAAGACCAAUAAACUUCCUUUUUUAAAA